AUAGAAAUCUCUGAAUGAUAAUCACUUUAACAGCAUCGGUGUAUAAGGACUGUUUCAUUUUAGCCUGGCAUGAUUGACAGUAUUGCUUUCGUGAUUUAUUCGUUUAAAUGCCCGGAGGAUGACGAGCUCAGAAACACUUCCAACCAAUCUGAUCACUCUCGGGUUCUCAGUGAUGCAAUGAAGAUGGGCGCUAUAUUGGAAAGUCAGGCAGGCACAGGUGGUUGAGCUGGUGUUGUGUACAGGAAGAAUGCCCUUAUCCCAUAUUGGCACAAACAAAAUCUGCUUUCUGCUCUCCCUGGCAUUCUGUGCCCUGCUGGUACUCCUUAUACCCUCCUUACAACCUCCACAGCGACAGGGGGAUCUGCCCCAACCCCGGCCCCACGCCAAACCUGCCAGAGUCGGACGGACCCAUGACCUCCACAGGAAAUCUGUAUCAGCUGAACACCAUGGAAAUGAUAAUGCCAAGGAUGAUAGUUUCACCCACACGCUUCCUCUUGGGGGCCGACCCAAAGACCCACAGAGGGUGGUGGAGGGGGCCCCUGAACAUGCCGACCCCUCCGGGUCCCGUUCCAAAGACUCUUUGGACUCGAGAGACAUUUUUAUCGCCAUCAAGACAACCAGGAAAUAUCACAAGUCUAGACUGCAGCUCCUGUCCCAGACAUGGGUGUCCAAAGCAAAGGAACAGACGUUUAUCUUCACUGAUGGGGAGGAUAAGGAGCUCAGGCAGAGAGCAGGGCUCAACAUCAUCAACACCAACUGCUCCGCGGCUCACACUCGCCAAGCCCUGUGCUGUAAGAUGUCUGUGGAAUAUGACAAGUUCAUUGAGUCACAGAAAAAGUGGUUCUGUCAUGUAGAUGAUGAUAACUACGUGAUCCUGCCCAGAUUGUUGGAGUUGCUCUCCUCCUACUCUCACACACAGGAUGUGUACUUGGGCAGACCCAGUCUGGACCAUCCCAUAGAGGCAGCUGAGAGAGUCAAGAGUGAUGGAUCGGUAUCUGUGAAGUUCUGGUUUGCCACUGGAGGAGCUGGCUUCUGCAUCAGUCGCGGUUUAGCUCUCAAAAUGAGUCCUUGGGCAAGUCUUGGAAACUUCAUAACAACUGCAGAGAAGAUCCGUCUCCCUGACGACUGCACAAUCGGUUACAUCAUCGAGACUCUUCUGAAGGUUCCUCUGACACACACGGGUCUGUUCCACUCGCACCUAGAGAAUCUUCAGAGACUUCCCACAGACAGCAUACUCGAACAGGUGACCCUCAGUUAUGGGGGAUUCGAGAACAGGAGAAAUGUGGUCAGUGUUGGGGGAGCAUUCUCAUUGUCUGAAGACCCUUCACGGUUUAAAACGGUUCACUGCCUACUCUACCCAAACACUGAGUGGUGUCCACGCAAGAGUCAACACUGACUGGGAUACAAAUGCCUCUCAUCUUGUCUCAAAACUAUUUAUCCUACGAUGAUGCUCUGAAUAAUUGAGAUGGCUGUCUGUAUGAAAGGGCAGUUAACCACCAUUUCAUAAUUUUUUUCUACAUGCACAGACUCAAGAGCUGUUGUUUAGCUGGAUAAUAAUAUCUUUGUUUUGUAUUUUGUACAUUUAUAUGGUGAAACAGGAUGAAAAAAGUAUGAGAAUUGCCAAGAGAUUGAUGUGUUUUAGUCCCUGUUUUAAGAGGGUUUUGAAAGGAUUGUGUUAUCUCAGAUUUAGUGGGGGAUUUUUGUGGUUUUGACAUGUUUAUACUGUUGAGUCAUCUUUUUUCUGUGGGUCGUAAAAUUGCCCACUUUUUGUGUGCAAGAUGAUCUCAUCAAUGUCUCCAAGGAAGAUAAAGACAGUAUUGAUGCUGUCAUCGCCGACUCGUAAGCCGCAACUAUAAGGGAGACUACACGUUGGAUAUCUUGCUCAAAGUACAAUUUAUUAAAAAGGAAACGAGUAAUAAAAAGAAUAACUGGUAACAAAGGAGAAUAACACAAUCUGGAUCUGGGAGAGGCACCAAUGGAAUCCUCAGUACAGGAGAAUCCUGUCAGGACUAAUCAUUGGGCUCAUUAUUUUCUUAACUCAGCCACAUCCAAUCUCUCAAAACAAAAUGAACACAAAAGAAAAACCAAUACAGCCCAAAAGGGGCCGUAACACCCUAUCCCAUAAAAAGGGAUCCAUAAGAGACCUGCUUAAAAAAAAACAGCCAAUCUCGCCUUUGGAUAGCCCCAACCCAUACACCAUGCCAACUCCGGCUUUCAGCAAC